AUGUCGUCUCCGAAGUCCGCCACUGACGAGGACACGCGCGGGAAGCCUGUCGAGCAGAUCACGUUCCGCUUCUGCUCGGAGUGCUCGAACAUGCUUUACCCUAAGCAGGACGAUAACUCGCAUCGUCUGCAGUUCACAUGUCGUACAUGCCACUACACAGAAGAAGCCCAAUCGAGUUGCGUCUUUCGCAAUGUUAUGAACAACGCGGCUGGCGAGACGGCUGGCGUCACGCAGGAUGUCGGUUCUGACCCAACUCUUCCGCGCGAGAUUAUUUCCUGCCCGUCUUGCAGCCACAAUGAGGCUGUCUUCUUUCAGUCUCAGCAGCGAAGUGCGGAGACUGGUAUGAAACUAUUCUACUUAAAACCCGAUUUCCCUCAACCACCCUCCCUCAACUGGUCUCAUGCAGGCAGGACUGUUGGCGAAUGGCAACUGACUCUGCCCCAGGCUGACGCCGGACUUCCUCCCAACUGGGAGGUUCGUCACUCGAACUCGAAGAACCUCCCGUACUACUUCAAUACAACCGACAAGGUCUCCCGCUGGGAGCCGCCCCCAGGCACCGACACAGAGAAGCUCAAGCAUUACAUGGCCACCCAUCACUCAGCAUCGACAUCGCGUCCUGCUGAUGGUCCUGUACCUGAUGGCAAGAUUCGCGCCGCCCACCUGCUUGUGAAGCACGAGGGCAGCCGCCGCCCCUCCUCUUGGCGUCAAGAGAAGAUCGACCGCACCAAGGAGGACGCGUACAGCAUCAUUCGCGGUUACGAGGAGAAGAUCAAAAGUGGCCAGAGCAGCCUUGGCGAUCUUGCUGUGACCGAGAGUGAUUGCAGCAGCGCGAGGAAGCGCGGCGACCUGGGCUACUUUGGCCAGGGAGAUAUGCAGCGCGAGUUCGAGGAAGCAGCCUUUGCGCUGAAGGUUGGUGAAGUCAGCGGUAUCAUUGAAACGGCGAGCGGUCUCCAUCUAAUUGAAAGGUCCGGCCAACCCCCAUCCGUUCGCUUGCCCAUAAUUUCACUGCUGACAUGA